AUGGCCGCGCUUGCCGAGGAGGUCGAGCGCCUGCGGACCUCACCCACCGCCGCACAGGUGCAGCAGUGGCUGGCCCAACACCACCACUACCACCACGACCAACACCAUCACCAUCUGAAUGGCAGCACUGCCGGCACUCAGGGCAACAUCUACACGCAGACCUUCUUCUCCCGCCUGCACCUGGCCAACCGAGACCCUCUGCCCUUCGGCGAGAACUACUCUGUCGUCCUCCAACCGCUCACGCGCCGGCCCCGGCCUCGGUCGGCGUCGCUGGCCCAGGUCGCGGCCUGUGUGACCAGAGCCGCGCUGGCGUUCUGGGCCGGCCUCUCUGGGCCCGACCGAGACCAGUUCCUGCGGCGCGUCGAGGGCACGACGACGACGACGACCGGCCACAGCCAACUGCCCGAGUGCGGCCAGUACCACGCCCUCUUCGGCUCGGCCCGCCUGCCCGCCCAGGGACACGACACCCAACACUCUUCACCGUCGCCCAUCUUGUUCUCUUCAUCAUCGACUUCGUCAUCGCCGUCACAAGCGAGCUUCGUGGUGGCGUGCCGAGGGCACCUGUUUGCGGUGACGGUGCCGAGCCGCGAUGUGCCCAGCGCGUCGGCCGCCGGGCUGCGGGCCACGCUGGCCGCGAUCGCCCGACACGUGUCGGGCGCUCAGCUGCGGCCGGCCUCCGCCAGUGGUCACCACCAUCAGCUGAUGGGCCUGCUGACCUGCAUGGAGCGCGACGCGGCCGCGGCCCUGCGCGCCCGCGUUGCACAGCAACACCCGGAAUGCAAGCACGUGCUCUCCGUUGUACAGGACGCGCUCUUCCUGGUGUGCCUUGACGACGCCGACGCCGACGACAGCGAUGGAAAUGUCGACAGCACAGCAUCGCAAGUUGAAACCGACGGCGUGCGCGUCGAGGCCGGCGAGCUGGAGCGGCGGCGCCGGCUGCGCACGGUAUUCAAUGGGGUGCCCGACCUGGCGCGCGGCCAGUGCAACCGGUGGUUCGAGAAGGGACUCCAGUUCAUCGUCGCCUCCGAUCGUAGGCAGGCGGGCGAUGGCGCUGGCGGUGACGAUGGCGGUGCUGACGUCAUGAUCGGCCUUAACGUGGAGCACUCCUUCGCCGACUCGGGCGUCGUGCACAAACUGUGCUCCUUCCUCUGGCAGGAGGCCCAGGCGGACGAAGAAGAUUCGGGCGACGAUUGCUACGACGGCGACGAGGUUCAGCCCUACGAGUGGCGGCACCUGAACUGGGGUCCGCUCGACGACGACGACGAGCUGCGCGGGCAGCUGAGCCAAGUGCGGGUGGCGGUCAUCGAGCAGACGCGAGCCCUCGCUGACACGACCGUCGACUGCAUCGUACACGGCGUUGGGCGCCAGUUCUUCAAAGACCACAGCGCCAGCCCCGACGCCUGCUUCCAAAUCGCGCUGCACAUUGCGAGUUGCGUGGACGAGGCCAAGUAUGUGUGGAAUUUGGAGACUCUCGACGCUCGCCACUACCUCGACGGUCGGCUGAUGAUCGCCGACGUCUUCACCGCCGAGUUCCGCGCGCUGCAGGCCGCCCUCUUCGCCCACCUGGCCAUGGAUGGCGAUCGCGGCGAGACCGGUGGUGACGUCGACAGCGGCGGCGCGCGACUGCGAGACGCGCUCGACGCGUGCGGCGAGAACGAGGGUCUCGUCGCGCUCUUUGAGAAGGCGAUCGACGCCCACCUGGAGGUACUCGCGCGACACAAGGCCGGCAUGGAGUCCUACCUCCACCUCUUCCUCCUCACCAACGAAAUGGGCACCCUCCCCGACCACCCGCCGCACGCCUUGACCGACAACCCGACCUACGAGGCGGCCUAUCGCCACCACAUUGUGGGCUCUAACCUCGGCAACGACGCCGGCAUGUCGCCCACUUCCAAUCUUCUCAGAGCCUGGAUUGAGUUCGUGUUCUCGGGGAUCCCGCCGGCGCAGAGCAUGGACGUGCUGGGCUACAUGCUGGCCGACGACCACAUCAAGCUCACCCUGACCUCGCGGUCGGCGAUCCGUCGGUCCUUCCUCCCAACGCUCGUCACCGCGCUCGCCCUCGUCCAGCGCUGGGCGCGCCGCCGCGCCGCCGGCCACGCAACCAUUGCCACGACCGUCAGCCACCCCGCCUCGCUCUAG